AUGGAGGAUGUGCAGAUAUACGAUAGACCUCACCAUCUAAUGCGGGCUGCAUUGAAGCAGAAUAGCCCGGUUUUCGAGAGAAUUCUGUCCAAAACCAAGGUCAAAAGUCUCAACAUUUUGAACAUGAAUCCCGAUCCUAAGGAAAAUGGAGAGCAUAUAAAUUUGGUGACGGCACUCAUUAUUGGUAUUUUGUCCUGCGAUGCAUACUAUGUUCGACGGAUACUAGAACAUGGAGGCAAUCCCAAUUUGCUAGGCAUAAAGAACUCCCGGGACAGUAUGCCGCCUAUUAAGUGGGCAGCGAUACGUGGAGAUACAUCGAUCUUACAAGCUCUUAUCGACUUCGGGGCAGAUGUAAACGAUUGCCGCCCGGAAGUUUCUACUGAUGAGGAUGCAUGGACUCCCUUGCACAUAGCCGUGAGCCAACGAAGAAUGGGUGCUGUGCGACUUCUUAUUAGAGCUGGUGCGAAUCCAAAGCACAUGAUGGGUGAUAACUUCAGCAUCCUUAUGCAAGCACGAAGUUGGGUGGGCGGUUUGCGAGUUCUACUUAAUGUUUGUAAGUUUGAUCAAGAUGUGCUCGAUGACGCUCUCAGGGAAGCCAUUGUAUCUCUGGAUGACUUUACCGCCCCUGCGAAGUGUUUGAUAGAAGCGGGAGCCAUACCAACAUACGAUCUAUUUUGCCGCGCUUGUGGCAAGGAACCUGGCGCUCCUCUUUUAGGAAUUAGACUACUAGUAAGGUGUGGCUUCCGGGCAAAUAUGACUGGUAGCGACGGCCUUACAGUGCUUCACGUUACUACUCGAGCUAGUGUCGCGUCUGUCCUGGUGAAGGAAAUGCCGGGAAUCGCCAAUGCCCUCGAUUCCAUCAAAAGAAAGACACCUUUAGAGUGGAUGUACACAAAUUCUUACCCUGAUUUCCGAGAACAAGGUAGGCUGGAUGAAGUGGACCGACAUGCUCAGUCCGAAUUAACUGCUACUCUCGUCAAGAAUGGGGCGGAACUUUUUAUUGCUAGAGACUCCUGGGACAGGAACAUUCUCUUUUUUGCUGUUGAAUACGGUCAUAUCAGUGCAGUCCGAGAAGUAUUGAACCAAAAGCCAGAGCUAUUGCACUCCAGAGAUAGCCUAGGAAACACUCCAUUACACAUGGCUGCCUCCUCUUAUAGUGAAGGUACGCUUGACUGUUUGGAGUUGCUUCUAGAAAGGAACAAUGACGUGAAUGCGCGAAACCACCUUGGGCAAGCAGCACUUCAUUGCAUUUCUUCACAGAUUCCUAGCUAUGGCAAUGCUCCAAGGGAGUAUUUGGAUAUUGGCCUUCCCGUCCAGAAAGCACGCGUGCUUCUCCACUAUAAUCAUAACAUCAUGCUGUGUGGCAGGCGAGACGAUAUGACCAAGCCAACAACAGCUAUGGUAGAAGCUAUCAGUCGUGGAAAGCCAAAAAAGAUGGACAAAAUUAUGGCUCUUAGGACAGAGAAAUACCUUGAAGAAGGCCUCUUUGCCUCAGUGAAGUAUGGUUUUUUUGAGAUCUUUGACCAACUGUUGAACUGUGGCACAAACCUAUCAAUCUGCACAAUUACAGAAACUGGUGAUACACUUUAUCAUGCCCUUGCUCUUGGGGUUUCCACUAUGGGAGCAACUGGCUACGCGGUUACGGUCGGAUACCGCUUGCUUGGCUAUAACAUGUCGCCUGACUGGGAUGAGAACUUUCAUGGUACCAACUACACGGACGACGGUCGCCCAAUUCGCAAUUAUCUACAUAUUGCGGAAAUGCUUAGCAGGGACGAAUGCCGAGAGGAGUUUGUGUUCAAGAAGAACAAUGCAGGACAUUCUGCUUUUGAUCUGUUGGGUUUGAUGACACCUGCCGUAGAUUGGGAAUACCUAUUCAAGAAUUGCCACUACCUACGAGAGAAAGAAGUGAAUCCUUGGAUGCCAGAUGAAGUAUUCAUUCCUACAGUGAAUUUGGACGAUUUGUUCUUUGAAUAG